UAUGGCUUUGUUAAAAAAGUGUCAAUAUGUUGCCCUAAUACCCGGAGUAAUUUUGACUUGUCUAUUGUUUGAGAAACAAAAAUUGCUUGUGUUGCCCUUCAUAUCUACGCCUUCAUGCCAUAGCAAGCUCUCUCUCUCUCUCUAUUGUUUGAGAAACAAGAAGCAAAGAUCAAUAACUGAAAAUCGGCUUUGGAAAAUUCUUUGGGGGUAAUUGUUAAUCGUAUUCAGGGAAGUCACAAGAACUGCCAAGCCAUUCUCAUUAUCGAAAUUGAAGCUCAAUGGUCUCCUCCUUUUAUAUGGAUUUGGGAUUAGCAGAUGGAAUUUGGUUGGUUUGAUAUUGAUGAUUGUGGAUUUUGAUUUGUAGAUAUGGAUUAGCAGAUGAAAUCUUGCUAUAUCCUAAAACUAAGUAAUCGAGAAUAUUGUUCCAACCACAAUCUAGCAAUUGAAGUUCACUCAAAUGUAUUGAGAUGAUAUGACAUUGGAAAUCAGCGAUUGAAAUUCUUUUUGUAACUUUUGAACCGCUUAAACAUUGGUGACUAAUCCCUAAUUUCAGGCUAGGGGAGUUAAAAUGAAAUUUUAUUUCAAACUAGAUUGGAUUAAAUUUUAAAAUAUAUGUGAGAAUUAAAAAUAUGUGUAUUUUAAUUAUGUCAAUUUAAUAAACUAAAUUGUAGAAAAUUAGUCGGCAAUUUCUUGCUUAACUAAUCUAAGCCACACAUGGACCUUGAGCAGAAACGGUUAAGAUUUUGUAAGUUGAUUAGAGUUCCUCUCUCUCAAUUGCCAACUUCUAAAGUGCAUUUCGCAUGAAAGAUAAGGCCAAACUCCAAAGAUGCCACUAUCGGCAACUGUAGCUACAAAUUCUGCUUGGGAUUGUUAGCUUUUGUCAUUUUCCAUAAUUGUGGCACUAUGAGAUGCGGCACAUUGCAUCUUGAUUCUCUUGAUCGAACAUUGAGGGGUGGAUGUGAAGUUUAACAUUUGAAUAUAUAUUUAGAUAUAAUUUUAUCUAACAAAUCUGAUGUGUCACUUUCAACUAAUCAUUGGAUUUAUCUUUGUUAAGUAAUAAAAUAAUAAUAAUAAUUAAUUUAGAGUGCUACAUCAACAUUAUUAAAUAAUUUAUGGCAAAAAAUAAAAAAUAAAAAAAAUGAGAUAUUGAAUGAAAUUUCGAUUCACACUUCUCAUGUGUUCAAGAGAUACGUAACAAUUUUAUAGACUAAAGGUCUGUUUGAGAUUAUGAUUUCAAUAAGUGCGAUUUUAAUUCGCACUUUUUCAAAUAAGUAUCACAUAGCCUGUUUAUAGAAAUCGCAAAUUUUUUUUCAUAUUUUAAAUGAAAUGCUUUUUAAAUCGUAAUACUAAAUGUAUUAUGUUUUGUGAUAUAUUUUAAAAACGCAGAUUAUUCUUGCGAAAUCACAAUCCCAAAUGCCCAUUGCCUAACACAAUUUACAAGAAAACUCGCUAAAUUCAUAGUUUUAAUCAAUAUUUUCAAUUGUCGUCACUCAAAUGAGUUUUUAAUAUUUUUCAAAAAACCGUUUUUUUUUUUUUCUCUCUCUUUUAUUUAUUUUCUAUGAAACCGUUGUUGUUCUCACUUCUCAGUAUAAAAAUUAAAAAAACCAUAUUGUACUUGAGAACGAUCGCCAGAAACCGGAUCCAAUCCGAGGUCAACGGAUUAUGUUUACAAAAUCUCUGAUAAAGUGGCGCUAACAAAGCAGGAACAUCGUUUAAGGACAGGUAUCUAAAAAGGCAGGUACUUAACCGAAAAAGCACUGGAAAACAAAAAGAUGUCGAGCAUUUACUAUCAGAUAGCAUUGGGAAGAGUGGGAGUAGCAAUGGCAAAACCCUCGGGUUUCAGAGCCGAGCAACCCCUGGCACCUGAUCUCUCCGCCGACCGUUCGAUUCACCGAGGCGGGCCCUCCUCCACCUCACCCCGCCGCGACAUCGUUUUCGUCGUCAAUCCUCGAGGUGCAAAUGGUAGAACGGGUAAGGAGUGGAAGAAAUUACUUCCGUAUUUAAGGUCCCGCCUCGGUAGAGAAUGCAAUAUAUGUGAAUCCUUGACUUCAGGUCCUUCUCAUGCAAUUGACAUAACGAGGGAGGCUAUACGGGAGGGUGCAGAUGCUGUGAUUGCAGUUGGAGGUGAUGGAACUCUUCAUGAGGUUGUUAAUGGCUUCUUCUGGGAUGGAAAACCUGUUGCUAAUCAUGAAAGAGAGGUUGCUCAUCCAACUGCACUUGGUCUCAUACCCCUGGGGACUGGGUCUGACUUUGCAAGAACAUUUGGCUGGAAAAAUGAUCCUCAUGAAGCCAUUGAACGCAUAGCUAAAGGGCUGAGAUCAAGGAUAGAUGUUGGGGUUAUUAGUAGAGAACACGGAGAAUUACACUACUUCAUUAAUGUUGCUGAUAUUCAUUUGAGUGCAAAGGCAGGUUAUUAUGCUUCUAGAUACAAGAGAUUCGGAAAUUUGUGCUACGUUCUUGGUGCUUUGCAAGCCUUUGUGGGGCACCGUAAUGAAGACCUUAGAAUCAGGGUCAAUGAGGGUGAGUGGGAAGUAUAUUCUCAAGUGACAGCCAUUUGCAUAGGAAAUGCUAAAUAUUUUGGUGGUGGCAUGAAGAUUACACCAAACGCUCACCCUAGCAACGGAAAUUUGGAGGUUGUGAUUCUUCAGGACUUCAAGUGGUAUGACUUUAUCCUAAAAUUACAUAAGCUAUACAAGGGAACCCAUUUAUCGGUGGAAAAUGUAUCUUCAAAAAGUGUGCAGUCAAUUGAAGUGGAGCACCUCUCAGGCGGUGGCAGCAUAUACAUUCAAUCUGAUGGAGAACAUUUAGGGUUCCUUCCUAGGAAGAUUUGCAAUUUACCUGCUGCAAUUGAGAUGAUAUGCUGAUGCAAGCCCUGGAGAAUGUUUCAAGUAAUGUACAAGGUUGCUCAUUUGCUUGAAGUGAUUCAUGUCUCUACUGAUCUCUCUUUUUUUCCUUUUUUCCUUUUUUUCUCAUUAUUUUUUAUUUAUCAAAAAAAGAAAUGAGAGAAAGGAACAACCCAACCAAGGGAAUUAAUGUGCGAGUCUUUCUGAAGAGAGGGAAAUAAGUGACAUGUAUGGCAUUGAUUUGAAGAAUCCAAGAAUCCCUUUAGAAAAGUAUGUCUUAGAUUUUGUCUGUAACCCAUGAUACGAACCAAUUUUUUUUUUUUUUUUUUGUGUUUGGACUUGGCAGUUCCAAGUAGUGGCCCAUUUUAGUUUUCAAAAGGUUUGGUAUUCGUUGACAAA